CGUCUGGGCCUUGAUUAGAUUAACUCCAUUCGUAAACAAGCAUUAAUAUCAAUUUAAAGUUGACUUUGGACGAGUUGAAUCGAAUUAGAGUCUCUUCGGAUUUUAUUAACCAACGGGAAAGAGUGGGAGAGGCAUUUUUCUGCACUGAAAAGAUGCUGGGUUAUGGGUAUAAUGCGAUGAUUGAUGGGAACGAGAAGAAAUUUUCGGAAAAUUCGGAAAAUAGUAAACAGUUUUCGGUUAGUAAUUUAUUGAGGGGGAGUAAUAAGAAGAAUUUAUCUGAUGGAGAAUCCAAUGAAGAUUCUUGCAUUGGGGACCAAGAAAAACUUAAAAAACCUAGAAGAAACCGCACAACAUUUACAACGGCUCAAUUAGCAGCGUUAGAACGAGUUUUUGAAAAAACUCAUUAUCCGGAUGCUUUCGUUCGUGAAGAUUUAGCUACAAAAGUGAGUUUAACUGAAGCUCGGGUUCAAGUUUGGUUUCAAAAUCGCCGCGCUAAGUUUCGAAGAAACGAACGAAGCUUAUCGUUACAACAACAAUCGGCGGCGAAAUCAUCAUCAAAAUCACCAUUUCCAUCAUCAAGACAAGAAAGCGUUGAACAGCCUCUGUAUCCGCAUCAAACAACGAUUGGAAUGAAUAAUUCCGAUUUGCAAUAUGUUGUUCCUCCCUGGAAAUUCCCUCAUUAUGGAAGUCAAGAGGAGUUCUAUAAUAAUUCUAAUCUAAAUGCAAUUACAAGUCAAUCGUGUUCGUUUUUACCGACAACUUUUAAUUAUUGCAAUCCAAAUAUCAAUGCGAAUAAUAUUUGUAAUCGUUUGGAGUUCAGGUAUAGAAGCCACGAAUUUUCUUUGAGUCCUCCCAUGUGAUUUGAAAUAUUAAAUAUUAAAAAAUAAGUAUUUUUCUUUAGUUAAUUAGA